AUGAAGCCAACUACCGCGAUCCUCUCCGUCCUCGCCUCGCAGGCGACGGCGCAGCUCAUCGACAUCCAGAUCGGCGACACCGCCAGACUCGAUAUAAUGCGCCAGGCAGCUGAAGCCCAAGUCAACGGCAACACAGCCAAAGCCCACGCAUUAAUGGAUCAAAUCCGCAACGCAGACGCCACGCACGAAAAGAAUCUAUGGAAAACAGAUUGUCGCGUAAGCUCCCAAUUCGAAGCUGAGAUCUACACCGUUAGAGAUCCCUCGCGCGCACCUAAGGAAAUUGCCUGGGCGAUGGAGUUCCUCGACAAUCACUGGAAGACAGAUGACGGUCGUGAUCUUCCGUACCCUGGUGACUUCGAUCGCUUCAUGCAUCCCGAUGGGUUCAGGGUUAUGCGCAUGGAUUACAAGAAGCUGCCUUGGGCGGUGCGCAAGUAUCAUGAGGAGCUAGUCAAGGAGGGUAAGCAGAUGGAGCGCAAGUUCAUCGCUGAGAUUAACGGGAGUGCGUUCUUUGCGCCGGGUGUUGUUACGUGGUUGGCGCCUUUGUUUGCGGGAAGCCAAGUUGAGCUCGGCAAGGAUGCAUGUGAAGAUGCCCUUGUUGACUUUAGCAACUGGGGUAAGGGGAAGCAGGCGGCUGAUGGUGCAAGGUAUACCUUUGGGUAUGGUGGCAAGGUGCAGAUUGGUGACCACAUCACUGUUGAGGUGCACGCUCAGAGGUCUUCUAAGCAAGGUGCUGAGAAGGAGGUCAAGGCUGGAGGAGAUGAGGAGACUGAGGGAACCGAGGAGCUGUAG